AUAAGAACACAGGAGAGAAAUUUCUCCUUUUUAGUUUGUCCCCAUUUCAUUUUGUGUGAGGAGCAGAGAGCGACCUGCUGUCCUGUCCCCUCGUACGGCAACCGCAGAUUCCAUCAGUGAAUCCUGUAUCCAAGUGAAAUGUGAUCGAUAUUUGAAAGUUACAAGGUGUGCCGGAACUGGUUUGGCUGGAACCAGACCAUUCACAUAAUCUUCUUUCAUCAUGGAUCUCCUGAGUAUCCUAGGGCUCCUUCUGAUAGCUACGGCAACACCGGGUGCAACACAGACAACAACAGCCCCAGGACAAGAAUCUACACAAGGACCAUACACAUCAGUAUUUUGCCCCCCUGGUGCCGAAUGGACAGCCUGCGUGGGGUGUGGGGCUACAUGUGAGACCCUCUAUAUGAGCUGUACCGGGGAAUGUCAUGAGGGGUGUAGGUGUACCGGCCCAGGAUAUGUCUUAUAUCAAGGUUCCUGUAUCCCGUCCAGUAACUGCCCAGAGACGUGGCAGCCUUCAUCAGAGGCCCCUUCAACAGAAGCCAUAACCAUCCCAGAAACCCCUCAGUCAGAAAUGUGGCAGCCUUCAUCAGAGGCCCCUACAACAGAGGUUCCAGUAUUCCUGAACACAAGUGCAAUAAUGGGUACAGAAGAAGUAACUACACCAGAACCGAACUCACCAGUGCCGACAACAGCUCCAUGGCAGGAAACCUCACCAGAACCAAACUCACCAGUGCUGACAACAGCUCCAGGGCAGGAAGCCUCACCAAAUUAUAUACCAGCAACAUCUGCAACAACUUGGACUUCUCCAACAGGACCAUGGUCCCCAGGUUCCCCUUCUACAUCUCCGCCACCUUGGACUUCACCAACUUGGACUUCACCCACAAGUUCCCCUCCUUCAACAUCUGCAACAACUUGGACUUCUCCAACAGGACCAUGGUCCCCAGGUUCCCCUUCUACAUCUCCGCCACCUUGGACUUCACCAACUUGGACUUCGCCCACAAGUUCCCCUCCUUCAACAUCUGCAACAACUUGGACUUCUCCAACAGGACCAUGGUCCCCAGGUUCCCCUUCUACAUCUCCGCCACCUUGGACUUCACCAACUUGGACUUCGAAGCUGAAGAAUGCGCCGUCUACAAUCGGCCUCAAUGGUGAAGUUGAUCUGUCUAACCCGUUCAUUUAG